CCCUCUCCGCUCCCCGCUCCCGCCCCCAGCUUCGCCUCUCGCUGCCGCCGCCGCCGCCACAGCCGCUGCCGCCAGAGCCGCCAGAGCCGCCGCUGCCAGAGCCGCCUCCGCCGCUUCCCGCGGCCUGGGCUUCCCGCCGCCAGCAUGCCGCACGCCUUCAAGCCCGGGGACUUGGUGUUCGCCAAGAUGAAGGGCUACCCGCACUGGCCGGCCCGGAUUGAUGACAUCGCUGACGGGGCCGUGAAGCCCCCACCCAACAAGUACCCCAUCUUCUUCUUUGGAACACAUGAAACAGCCUUCCUGGGACCCAAGGACCUAUUUCCCUACGACAAGUGGAAAGAUAAGUACGGGAAACCCAACAAGAGGAAAGGCUUCAAUGAAGGACUGUGGGAGAUCCAGAACAAUCCCCACGCCAGCUACAGCGCCCCUCUGCCGGUGAGUUCUUCUGACAGCGAAGCCCCCGAAGCUGACCCGGCGGGCGAGAGUGAGGAUGACGAAGACCGAGGGGUCAUGGCUGUCACAGCUGUAACUGCCACAGCGACGAGUGACAGGAUGGAGAGUGAGUCAGACUCGGACAAGAGCAGUGAGAACAGUGGCCUGAAACGCAAGACAGCGGCCGUGAAGAUGUCGGUUUCAAAACGAGCCCGGAAGACCUCCAGCGACCUGGAUCAGGCCAGCAUGUCCCCAUCUGAGGAGGAGAACUCAGAAAGCUCAUCUGAGUCAGAGAAGACCAGUGACCAGGACUUCACCCCUGAGAAGAAAGCCGUGGUCCGGGCGCCGCGGCGGGGCCCCCUGGCAGGACGGAAGAAAAAGAAGCCGCCCUCCGCCUCUGACUCCGACUCCAAACCAGAAUCAGAAGGGGUCAAGGGUCAGCCAGUGGCCGUGGCCAGGUCGGCCUCCUCGUCCUCCUCAGCCUCUUCGUCGUCCUCCUCUGACUCAGACGUGUCCGCAAAGAAACCUCUGCGGGGCAGGAAGCCAGCUGAGAAGCCUCCCCCAAAACCCCGUGGGCGUAAACCGAAACCUGAACGGCCACCGAGCACUUCGAGCAGUGACAGUGACAGUGAUGAGGUAGACCGCAUCAGCGAGUGGAAGCGCCGGGACGAGGAGCGCCGCCGGGAGCUUGAGGCCCGGAGGCGCCGGGAGCAGGAGGAGGAGCUGCGGAGGCUGCGGGAGCAGGAGAAGGAGGAGAAGGAGCGGAGGCGCGAGCGGGCGGAUCGCGGGGAGGCCCCGCCCGGGGGCAGCGGGGGCAGCAGCGGCGACGAGCUCAGGGAUGAGGAGGAGCCUGUACGGAAGCAGCGCGCGCGGAGGGGCCGGGGCCGGGGGCCGCAGUCCUCCUCUGACUCAGAGCCCGAGGCCGAGGCGGAGAGAGAGGCGAAGAAAUCAGCUAAGAAGUUGCAGCCACAAAGCAUGGAGCCCGUGAGGAGACCCAGCCAGAAGGAGAAGAGAGGGCGCCCCGAGGAGAAGCCCCGAGCCAGGCCCAUAAAGGUGGAACGAACCCGGAAGCGAUCAGAAGGGUUCCCACCGGACAGGAAGGUUGAGAAGAAGAAAGAACCUUCCGUGGAGGAGAAGCUUCAGAAGCUGCACAGUGAGAUCAAGUUCGCCCUGAAGGUCGAUAACCCGGAUGUGAAGAGGUGUCUGAAUGCACUAGAAGAGCUAGGGACCCUGCAGGUGACCUCACAUAUCCUCCAGAAGAACACAGAUGUGGUGGCCACGUUAAAAAAGAUCCGCCGUUACAAAGCCAACAAGGACGUGAUGGAGAAGGCUGCGGAAGUCUACACCCGGCUCAAGUCGAGGGUCCUGGGACCAAAGAGUGAGGCCACCCAGAAAGCAGCCAGAACCGGGGUGGAGAAGGAGCGGGCCGAGGCGGAGAAGGGCGAGGAGGCACUGGCUGGAGAGGCGGCCGCCCUGGAGAGGGCAGAGGAUGAGGCCGAGGCCGAUCUAGGUCUCUCAGCCUCAGUGAAUGGUGAGGCCACAUCCCAGAAGGGUGGGAGCGUGGAGGACGAGGAGGAGAAAGGACAGAGUGUGGAAGAGGGGCUGGUGGGGGGCUUCUCCGAAGACCAGCUGCACAAUGACAGCGCGCAGGAGGGCCCCGACCUGGACGGGCCUGGGAAGGACCGGCAGGAGCGCGAGAGGGUGCGCGUGGACUCUGAGUCCCUGGACGACGAGGACAGCUGAGCCCCGGGCAGCCCGUCACGUAGAUGCCCACAGGCCUGCCCCGCUCCUUCCCGGCCGCCCAGGGAGCAGAGAACUGUUGGGGAGACACUGUGCUCUUCAUUUGUAUUCGUCCCUCUGGGUUUUUUUUCUGCCUAAUUUCUGUGAUUUCCAACCGACACAAAAUGACUAUAAAGGGUUUUUUUAAUGAAAAAAAAAUCAUUUUUAUUGGUUUGGUUUUCUAGCAUUACUGGUACAGCUGGGCUGGAGCUGGGGAGAGGUCUGUCACUGUCCAGGGCUCGCGUGGGGACAAAGCGUUUUAAGCCAUAGUGUCACCGUAUACAAUGAAUGUGAACUUGGUUCUAACGGUGCUCCUGGUGGUCCAGCAGGGCUGACAAUGAAGGAGCGGGGUGGGAGCAAGGCCUUUCCAAAAAUAAAAAAGGAGAAAUAAAACCCUCUGGAUUUUGCGGCUCCAACAGAGGCUGUGGUUUGAUCGUCCUGGGUUUGGCUGCUGGUGCCGAAGCAGGAGGAGCAGAGGCUGGGAGGGCAGGGCCGGGCCUGGAGUCGCCGUGUUUCCCUGGAAGCUGCUGCCUUUUUCCACGGAGUCAGCCAUUUCCUGUCCUGCUCAGGUUGCAGGUGGCCCUGGGACCCCCAAGGCAAGACCCAGGGUCCUCAGCACCGCCAGUUUGGGGCGUUCAGGCCAGGAAGUGCGCUGUCCCUACGUGGUUAGCAUAAGCAUUGGGGGCAGGCUGUGUGACUUUGGGCAAGUGGCACUCCUGCUCUUGGCUUCUCUUUCGUCACCUGUUGAGGGGAUGACCCCUGCCUCAUAAGGCUGUCGCGUGGGUUCAGGUGGGGGACGUGUGAGCGGCUCCCAGCCAGGCGCCUGUACAUGGCAGCUGCUGGUUAAACACUGGCCUCUGCUAUGUGUCGCCCUCCCCCGGCAAGUCCACCCAUCCCAGCUGACAGGAGACCGCGGUGUGGCAGGGGCCUUCCUGAACCCUGGCGGCCACGUCUCCUUUGACUGGACUUGGGCCGGGUUUCCGCAAAUCGCUGUUUCCUAGUGUCACCUCUUCUGAUAACCUUCCUUAAUGGAGGCCAAGCAAGGAGCAGCUCCGAAGUCCUCCUAACGGGUUCCCAGGUUGCACUAGGUGCCAGCCCCCGGUGCAGGUCCUGGCAGCCUUGGGGACCUUUGGGGAGGGCCGGCCCAUCUGUCUGAGCUGGGAGCAGCCGGUCAUUUCUGAGAAGAGGGUGCAGUGGGGGGAGCUGUCGGCAUGGUGCGGGCUCUGGGAAGCCGGGGGCUUGGGCUGGGGCUGCUGGUCUUCUGAUGUGCGGGCCCCCGCUGGAAAAAGGGCGAGGCCAGCGGGGGCGUUUCUUAGAUGAACAUCCUGGAGUGGGGUGCAGGAGGGGGGCUUGGACCUCUAGCCAGGAAGGCAGGGGCACCCCGAAAUCAUGGUCUCCAGUCUGGAGUGCAUGACCAAGACCUGAAUGAUUGAUGGUUGAGCACAUUUUGUCACAUACGCCCUAGGGCCUUGCUCCCUGUGGGGAAGCCCUUUUGUUCUGCCAUUGGCAGCCUCUGGGCCCAGGUGCCUCAGGGACCGCAGAACCUCAGCUCUGGGAUUCUCUCUAGGAUCAGCCCUGCUGGGGACAGGCAGGUAGGUGAGCAGAAAAGGCAGGAAGCGGCUUAUUUUAUAACCCACCCCCCUCACCCCUGAACAGUGCAGUUCUCAAGGCAGGCCCCUGCAGAGCCCUGGGGUGGGGGUGGGGGUGGGGUGGGGCGUUGGCUCCUGGCAGCAUUGUCCUCACAAAGCCCCUUCUCUUGGCCACACAGAGGUCAACAGAGGAGGUGGGAUCCUGCGUCAGGUUGACCAUGGCGUUCUGGUACAUUCUGGUGCAAGGUGUUUGCUAAGGGUGGGGGUGGGUGCUUUCAGAAUGAGGGUGGAGGAGCAGGACCACCUGCUAAGCUGGUAGCUAAAGGCCCCAACUGUGGGGUUGGAAGACUCCCCCUACCCCCAAAGAUAGGGGUUCCUAGUGGAGGUGCUGAGUGGAGAACCUUCUAGACUUAGGCACGUUUCACUUCUCUUUCCUGACUGGGGUGCUUGCUCAGGAUCUUCAAGCGAAGGCCCACUGUCAACGCUCUUAGCAACUCUGGGCUCCCAGGCCAGGAGCAGGCCCAGGCUUGCUGGGCAAGAAAGGUGGACGGUGCAGCCCUGGAGAAAGUCCUUGGUGCCCUGACCAGCGCCUGCCAGCAGGGUCCAGAGCUCCGGGGAGC